AUGGCAUGGAACCUAUUGCGGCACAGCUGCUUCACGACAAAGUCAACCAGCUCAGUGUCUGGACAAUUUAUUUUCCAGCGUUGCUCUCGUGCGUGAUGUCCGCGGGUCUUUGGCUUUGACCGGUAUGUGAACCUCCGGGUGUUCGUAGACGCCCUUGUCAUCUGAUUGUCCGGUUAGCGUUAACGGACCUUUUAGCAUGUUCCUAUAACGCUCGCAGCCCGCUGCUGCGGAGUGAUCGGUGGGACAUGGGGUCAGAGUCGGUGAGGGUGGUCGUUCGGUGCCGGCCCCUCAACGAGCGGGAGAAGGCGCUGGGCUCCCACACGGUGCUGUCCAUGGACCCGCAGCGCUGCCAGUGCUUCAUAAAGAAGCCCGGGGCGGCGGACGAGCCGGCCAAACAGUUCACCUUCGAUGGGACCUAUUUUAUCGACCAAACCACCGAGCAGAUGUACAACGAGAGCGCCUACGCGUUGGUCGAGGGCGUCACUGAGGGUUAUAAUGGCACCAUUUUUGCUUAUGGGCAAACUGGGAGUGGAAAGUCAUUCACCAUGCAGGGUCUGUCUGAGCCUGCAGCCCAGAGGGGAGUCAUCCCACGGGCCUUUGAGCACAUCUUUGAGAGCAUCCAGUGUGCAGAAAAUACAAAAUUCCUGGUGAGGGCCUCCUACUUGGAGAUUUACAAUGAGGAAAUCAGAGACCUUUUGGGAAACAACACCAAGCAGAGAUUGGAGCUGAAAGAGCACCCACAGCACGGGGUGUACGUCCGGGAGCUUUCCCUGCACACUGUGCACAGUGUGGGGGAGUGUGAGAGGAUCAUAGAGCAGGGCUGGAAGAACCGGGCCGUGGCCUACACGCUGAUGAACAAAGACUCCUCCCGCUCCCACUCAAUCUUCACCAUCCAGUUGGAGAUCUGCAACACUGACACAGAUGGUCAGGACCGUCUACGAGCAGGUAAACUCAACCUCGUGGACCUGGCAGGGAGUGAGCGUCAGUCAAAGACCGGUGCGACUGGCGAGCGACUGCGUGAGGCCACCAAGAUCAACCUCUCCCUUUCGGCCCUGGGAAACGUCAUCUCUGCCCUGGUGGACGGCCGCUCCAAGCACAUCCCCUACCGAGACUCCAAGCUGACCAGGCUGCUGCAGGACUCGUUGGGGGGGAACACCCGCACCCUGAUGAUCGCCUGCCUCUCCCCCGCAGACAACAACUACGAGGAAAGCCUGAGCACGCUGCGCUACGCGAACCGGGCCAAGAGCAUCCAGAAUAGACCUCGCAUCAACGAGGAUCCCAAGGAUGCUCUGCUCCGAGAGUAUCAGGAAGAGAUCAAGAAGUUGCGGGCCCUGGUCUCAGGUCAGCUAGGCUCCGCCAACCUUUCAACUCUGUUAGCUGGUCAGUUGUCUGAGGAGACCCCUGAUGUUUGUUCAAGGCCGCAGUCCAGCACCACAGAAGCCGAUCAGGAGAAGAUUAAGGAGGAGUACGAAGAGAGGCUGGCCAAGCUGCAGGCUGAGUACAACGCCCAGCAGGAGUCCAAAGCAAAGCUGCAGGAGGACAUUGCCACACUGCGGGACUCUUAUGAAGCCAAGCUUUCUCGUCUAGAGAAGAGCCGAGCCAGCAGGGGGCGCCCUGUUCCAAAGAAUGUGGACUCCAACUGUGUGAAAGUGAAUCAAGUCACUGAAGAGCAGCUUAGUCACAGUGAUGAGCAAGUGCACCACAGUGCAGCCGGGGAAACCUCUUUGACCACAUUAGACUCCACCACCACCACCACCACCACACAGGAUGUUCCUCUACUUGAUGCUGAUGCUGUCAUCCAAAAACAUCCACAUGGAGAUGGACUCACAGACUCGUCUAGUAUUUCCACAGAAGUACCUCUGGACCAGAAACAGGUCCUGGAAAGGCUGCAGCAGCUGGAACAGGAGGUGGUGGGAGGAGAACAGGCCCGGAACAAAGAACUGCAGCAGAGACACAAGCAGAGGAAGAAAGUGGCGGACCAAAGAAAAGUCCAGCUCAUUCAGGCGCUGUCGGAGAACAGCGAGGAGAGCGAAAACGUGGUGCUGAAUGUCUACAAUUCCAUCCAAGAUGAAGUCUACGCCAAAAGCCAAAUCCUCGCUGUGGUGCAGGACAAGCUGAAAGCAGCCAAACUGGAGAUACGGGACCUGCAGGCAGAGUUUGAGGUGGAGAGAAACGACUACCUGGCGACCAUCCGGCGGCUGGAGAGGGAGGGCCAGCUGCUGCACGGCCUCCUGGAGCGCAUGGCGCCUCUGGUGCGGCGCGACUGCAACUACAGCAACCUGGACCGGCUGAAGAAGGAGGCGGCGUGGGACGAGGACAGCAGCGCAUGGAGGCUGCCAGAUGUGGUGGUGCAGAGGACGACGCUGCCUUCAGUGGCUCCAAAGCUUUUAGCUCGCAGAGAUUCAGCUGCUGACAGUGGAGAGCCACUCAUGAUGGUGGAAGACCGGUAUAAGGAAAUGCUGGAUCGCAGUGACAGCGAGAACAUCGUCAUCAACUACUUCAAGCCAAAGAGAGCCAGCCAACUGCUUGGAAGUGACACGUUGAAGGGACACGCCGUCCGCUCUCCUCCCCUCGUGAACGGUGCGACCCACCUGUCCGUGAGCAGUCCUGCCACGAGCCCACCCGCGGCCUCAGACGCCAUGCUGCCGCGGCCCUUCCGCCUGGAGUCGCUGGGCAGCCACGCGUCCAGCACCAAGGUGAGGCGCAAAAAGAGCAAAGCUCACAGCUGCAACGAGGAGACAUGAAAGCGCUGUGACGGCACGUGGCCUCUCUGGUUCAACUCAUCAAAACUCAACUAAACGAUCAAAUAAUGGUUUUAUAAGAACAGUUUGUACAGUGUUAAAAUCAUAUUUCAGAUGUUAGUUUUAAACACAAUGCUACCUACAGUAUGAUGCUACCUAUGAAUUUUAAUACUGUAUGUAAAAUUUGUGCACUGAAGUCCAACUACCUUGAAAUGUUUCUGCCUCUGACUGUAACACUGCUCCUUAACAUAACAUUAACGUUGUGCAGUUACUUCUAAACAGAAAAUCAAUUUUAUGCAAUAACGUCUAUCUAAUUUAACUUAUUUAAGCAAUUUAAACUUGUGUUUAUGGAUGACCCCACUUUCUCAAAUGGGCUCCCAGAUGUAUUUUUUAUUGGUAGAAUAUUGUUCACGAGUAGUUUACGUACAUAUAUGAUGUUUGAACUAUAGAAUAGUUUGAGAUUUCUUGAAUAUAUUUUAAUAAUCACAUAUUUAUUCCCAUGUUGCCAUGCUCUGUAUAUCUAAUGUAGGAGUUUCAGCCUAGGAUGUUUUUCUUUGUCCUGUUUUAUUCCUAAAUACAGCCAUAGUUGCAUCUCCACUGA